UACAUUGAUAACAGUAUUGGUGGCAUCCAUCUACAUGCCUUUCCUCUGGAAGAUGACCCUGGCUUCCCAUUUGGUCUUCCUCACCUGCAUCUGGAUCACAUGGACGCCAAAUGUCUUUGCUGCUUCUGAAAUCAAGCCCCCGGUCCACGCAAUCAUUGCCCAGUUUCUGUCACCAGCUGCCUCAGACCUGGACAGCAAACAAGAAACCAGAAUGAGGAAAGCCGACAGCACCAAAGUGUGGCCCCUAAAACACGAGCAACCUCUCCCUAUCGAGGACCACGAUUUUGCAAUGAGACCUGGAUUCGGAGGGUCUCCAGUGCCAGUGGGUGUAGAUGUCCAGGUCGAAAGCCUUGACAGCACUUCAGAGGUUAACACGGACUUCACGAUGACUUUUUAUCUCAGGCACUACUAGAAAGACGAGGGACUCUCCUUUCCUAGCGCAACAAACAAAAGCAUGACCUUUGACCACAGAUUGAUCAAAAAGAUUUGGGUGCCUGAUAUCUUUUCUGUCCAUUCUAAAAGCUCCUUCAUCCACGAUACAACUAUGGAGAACGUCAUGCUGCGCGUACACCCUGAUGGGAAUGUGCUUUUCGGUCUCAUGAUGACGGUUUCCGCCACAUGGUGCAUGGAUUUUGGCAGGUUUCCUCUCGACACUCAACACUGUUCCCUUGAACUGGAAAGCUAUGCCUGCAAUGAGGAAGACCUGACGCUCUACUGGAAACAUGGAUACAAUUCCCUAAAUACUGACGAGCAUAUCUCCCUGUCUCAGUUCUUCGUUGACGAGCAGUUCUUCGUUGACGAGUUCAGUUCUUCCAGUGGAUUUGCCUUCUAUAGCAGCACAGGAUGGUACAAUAGGCUUUUCAUCAACUUUGUACUAAGGAGGCAUAUUUUCUUCUUCAUGCUGGAAACCUAUUUCCUGGCUAUGCUGAUGGUAAUGCUGUCGUGGGUUUCAUUUUGGAUCUACCGAAGAGCUGUUCCUGCGAUUGUUUCCCUGGGAAUCACCGCCAUGCUGACCAUGUCCACGGUGGUCUCGGGCGUGAGCACUGCCAUGCCCCAGGUGUCCUACGUCAAAGCUGUGGAUGUGUACCUGUGGGUCAUCCUCUUUGUGUUCCUGUCGGUCAUCAAGUAUGCCGCUGUGAACCACCUGACCACGGUGGAGGAUCAGCACCUACUCGAGGAGGCAGGGAAGAUUUCUGGAAUGUACAAUAUUGAUGCAGUUCAAGCCAUGGCUUUCGAUGGUUCUUACCAGGACAGUGAGACUGACGGAGGCCAGACUUCCUUUUCUCUCCACUGCGGAGGGGACUCCAUGCGAGGAAGAUCCACAGGCAGCCCCAGCAUAGAUUCAUCUCAGAUAAAGAGGAGAAAAUCCCUCGGGGGGCAGCUUGGUAGAGUCAUUCUGGAGAACAACUAUGCAAGGAUUUUAUUUCCCAUUGUGUAUAUUCUGUUUAAUUUGUUUUAUUGGUGUAUAUAUGUGUGAAGAGGAAUUUCCAAUGUACAAAACUUGUUUUGGAGUCAGCUUAUGUUAAAAACAACAACAAACAUCUCUUAACUAUGAGUUGCACAUACUAGACUAAACUGUGUGUCAGCCAGUCACCUCUCCUGGCCUAAAAAGAUAUGAAAGUUAACUGAUUUACAUUUAGAAAGAGUUUAAGGUCCUAGAAGAAUUUGACUCCAUCGAUGAGAGUCACAAGCAUGCACAUUAUGGAAAAACAAUUUCCAUAGGGAAGGGCUUUAUAACUACUUCAUUUGGACCCUCCUUGCUUUCUAAUGGUAAAUUUUCUGUAUUUAACUAAGGAGUAAAGCUGGACUAUGACAACAAUUCAAGGAGAGGUUGUUCCUUAGUGCUAGCCAACAGCUAAAUUACCUAACAGAGCUGAAUCCUCCUGAGGAAGAACGUGGUACCAUGACACUCACACACCGAGAUUCCCAUGAAAAGCCUCCCUCUCCCAUCUCCAAUCGAGUCUUUUAUCUUAUUUCACUAUUAAGUUUCAUAUAUUAUUGAGUCCAAAGGGGACAAAAAAAUCUAAAUUUCACUCGGUCUUCCAAUUCUAAUGUUAAAUUAAUAGUCAAUCUUCAGUAAUAGCAUCUUGUAUUUUAUAGUUGAGGUA